AUGGCCCGAGAUAAAUUGUAUAAGCUUUUCCAUGAGUUUGUUGAGGAUUUCAGAGCUAGAAAUGUUGCAUCAGCUGCAAGUGAUGUUCAAACAGCUCCCUCUGCUAGUACAUCAACUGGAAAUUCUAAGAAAAGAAGUGGAAGGGCAAGGUUUGAUUCCAUGGUUCAAAAUGUUAACUUUGCUUCUACAAUGAAAUCUCAACUUGAUAUUUAUCUUGAGGAAGGUCUUUAUGUGCACACCGAGGAGUCUAUGUUUGACAUCAUUGGGUGGUGGAAAGAGCAAAGGAUAAGAUUCAAGGUUUUAUCAAGGAUGACAUGCGAUAUUAUGGCAAUUCCUGUUACAUCGGUAGCCUCUGAAACUACCUUUAGUGCUGGAGGAAGGGUGAUUGAUCCUCAACGAGCAUCCUUGGGACAAGAGACAGUUGAGGCUCUACUUUGCUCUCAUGAUUGGUUGAGAGCCUAUCAUGGUCUAAGAGGAAAUUCUGAGGCUAUGACGAAGAAAGAAGAGAUUAUCGAAAUUGACUUGGCCUAG